CUCUAAAAGAUAAAACGGCGGCCUUCCAUCCUUGGGGAACCGGAGGUGUUUGGGGGAAAAGCUGGACAUGUCAAGCCUCACAUCAUCACAUGCUUUCUCGUGCCUGCGGCCUGCCUGGCGCCAUCUCGUGCCAACCUAAAAAGAGGACCCCGGGGCGUCUCGUGUAUACCGGUCGUGGCUUCCUUAUCUUGGUCGCCAGCGUCACACAUCGCCAUCAUUAAGGUUUCUUGUGUGGGGAGGCCCACCACAAAUAGCUAUCAUUGCUCUUUCCCCCCUCCUCCCACUCUCUGCUCUGCUCUGCUCUCGCUGCCCUCUGCCCUCUGUCAUCUGGAAACAUCGGACAGCAGCCAUGGAGCGAUCAGAUUGCCUGAUCCCCAGAUGGGACGAGAAUAGAACUGAAUUUGACAAGUUCGAGCUCAACUUCAGAGGAUGGUGCUACCUUAGGCCCGACAAGGUUUACUCCGCCACGACAAUUCUCGCCGGCUACUUCAUAGAUGCAACCUGGACUCCGAGUGUCGACUGGGAGAUCACCGUUCAGGAACCCACCCCCGAGACCCCAAUUUCGCCCCUGCCUGGUCGAGAAGGCCUGGCCUAUGUGGCCCUCAACAUUCUCUUUACAACCACCGACGGCGGCUCCGAAAAGCUCGCAAGCGAGAGCAAUUGCCGCUCAUACUUCAACGAGCUAUCGAAACAGCUUUUAUGGCCCUGUCUUGAUGCAUCUCGCAACAAGAUUCAGAUUGACUUUGUGACGUGGAAGUUGGAACCCAGUUGGGGCUAUUCCACUGCCUUCUCACGGUACUGGCUCAAGGGUUGGUCGCAUAAGCCCACCCAGCAGCAGAUGGAGCUCCCAGCUUACAACAUCAGUUACGUUCUGCGCGAUCUCACCAACCUCGAGGGCCUUCGUAAAGGGGAUACUUGUCACGAUUCUUGUCCCAAGGGGGCCGUGGUGGAGUGCACCAAGCACCUCUUACGCCAGGCUCAGCAGGAGCUCGCCGAUGUCCGCAAAAUUGCCAGCGGCGCAUUGAGGCAGCCGUUUGGUGCAGAGGAAGAGGAGAACGUGGAGGCUCUGAUUGAGGAGAACAUCCGUCAUGCACUUGCCACCAACAACUCAAUUAGAGCCAUCCUCAACAUUCUGAAUCGGAAUGUUGGCGUGGGCCGCAGCCGCUUUUUCUUCAUGCGGAUCCUCCGUCGAAUCCUCAACCGGCCCAAGUACUUGAACAUGGUCAUAACCGACAAGACCUUCGGGAGCAAGAAAGAGUCCAUGUCUGGUGAUGUUAAUUUCUUCGAAUGCAUAGCCAGGACUAUGGCUGGCCACAUUCGUUUGAGGAGUGCCGCUACUCGUCACAAGCUCCGAUGUCAUGUUCAAGAGGCCGUCUCGGGAACCCUCGAGGAAACACAACUUGUCGGCUACUUUGGCCUGGUGGCUGCGAAGGUCGGUCAGCAGGCUCAUCAUGAUGCCGCUCUCGACAAAGUCGGCCAGCAUUACUUCGACGCAUUUUGGGAUGUUGAAGCGGAUAUCGAGGCCCUUAUUCAGAUUCUGGACAAUGAGUAUGCCGCGAAUGGCGAGAAAAUGUUCAGAAAGAAGAGAAAGGCUGUCCCGAAGGGCACACCCAGGUGUCUGUUGGAAAAGGCUGCUCUGAAUGAGAAGCUGGACAAGCUGGAGAACGACUCGGACUCGGAGCUGGAGAUGGACGAGGAGUACGAUGAGAAAUGCUGA